UUUUGUUACCUCUUCAGUUUUCUUGGUUAUUCUUAAAGAUCUUCUACUGCCAGCUGUGUGUGUGUGUUUUCAUUGUGAGACAAUUUUAGUCUCUUUUAACUCACAAUUUAUCAUAAAUAUUCUUUGAGCAGCUGAACACAACACAUGGAUCCAGCCAUUGUACAACAAACAUUUAAGGCGGCUCCUCUCACCACAGAGUUCCUGUUACAGGGCAGUGUACUGGAGAGUUCUCUAGAGACGCUGCUGAACCGCCUUAAAGGUCUGUGUGACAAUGCCGACCUGCAGCAGGAAACCUUCCAGGAUCACGAGAUGGUCUUCCAUAUAAAGAACACCUCGGUCCCUAACCCCCUUGUGUUCCGGGUCAGACAUUCCUUGGUUCAGUCAGACUGCUGGUCUCUGAGAUAUCUAGGUCAUGCUGAGGUUGGAGAUAAAAAUAGACCAACCCUGGUCAGGAACUACAUAGACUGCCCCACCUCAGACAACGUGGUCCAAUUUAUUAACGAACUAGGAUUCAGAAUAGACCAUGAAUUUGUUGUGAAAGGCUUUUAUUUCCAUAAAGGAAGAAUGAAGAUAACAGUGUCAAAAUUUUACAAG